UGUUUGUGGGGGGUUUAGCCUGGGAGACGCAGAAAGAAACCAUGAAGAUGUAUUUUGAACAGUUCGGUGACAUCCUGGAAGCUGUUGUUAUUACUGAUAAGACCACCGGCAGAUCCAAAGGAUAUGGCUUUGUAACUUUUCGUGAAGCGGAGGCAGCCAUGAGAGCAUGCGUGGAUGCUGCACCUGUGAUCGACGGAAGGAGGGCUAAUUGUAAUCUUGCUUCUUUGGGUGUCCAAAGAUCCAAGCCUUCCACUCCAAAACAUGGAGGAGGAGGAGGGAAGAGCUUUAGGGUAAUGAGCGGUUUCCAGGCGACAGGAUUUCAAAGUGGGAUGGGAACAGCUUUUGCUUCACCAACAACCUACCCUCAUUAUGCCAUUCAACAAGGCAUCCCUUACAACCUUUAUGGUUACUCCCCAUACUCAGCAGACUACACUUAUCCUACGAAUUACUAUAGUGUGUAUGGAGGGGCAGCUCAUGCUCAAUAUCCCUUGUAUGGAGCUGGGGGUACUGGUGGAAUGAUCACUGGUGCAGCUGCGCCAGCUGCAGCCUUUUACCCUUACUUGAACUUCGGGGAAGGAACCACCGGAGGAACCCCUGCAGGCGGCUAUACUGGAGGCCAAAGCUAUGGAGUUCAGUACCCGCACCAUAACCUCUAUCAGUACUCAGCACUCAACUCCGCUGCUGCUGCUUAUCCACAGCAUUAUGGUGCUCCAAUGUCUCUUGCUACUACUCCCGGAAUGCAAUCAGUUUGUUUUGCUAUACCGCAGGCAUGA